CGACCAAUCUCUCACAGUGGUUUGGCUGAUUCUAUAGUUAUUGUCUGUGGGUCGCACGCGCUUAUGAAUAAUCAAGAGAGGCCCCGGCCCCGGCUGGACCAGCAAUUCCUGUGCCGUUUUCUAAAAAUUCAGACAAUUUUAUUUCCUACAUACUCCUCCAAGAAUGUGCUGAUGUUCCUAACCUUGCUUGUAAUUGCCUUGUUGGAACAGCUGGUCAUCUACCAAGUGGGGCUGAUCCCCAGUCAGUUUUAUGGAGUUCUGGGGAACAAAGACCUUUAUGGAUUCCAGAAAGUCACAGCGGUUGCUCUGAUUCUCAUUGUAUUAAACUCUAUGUUGAAGAGUUUUGACCAGUUCAUCUGCAACCUGAUGUAUGUGAGCUGGAGGAAGACUCUCACUGAAUACCUCCAUGGUUACUACUUUCAGGGCCAGGUGUAUUAUACCUUGAAUAUGCUGCACCAGGAAAUCGAUAAUCCAGACCAACGAAUCAGCCAGGAUGUGGAGAGGUUCUGUAAACAAUUGAGCUCCAUGGCCAGUAAACUGAUCAUCUCACCCUUCACACUUGUUUACUACACCUAUCAGUGCUUUUACAGCACUGGCUGGUUGGGCCCAGUGAGUAUCUUUGGAUAUUUUAUCAUUGGAACUAUUGUCAACAAAGUCUUAAUGAGCCCCAUUGUUUCAAAACUGGUGCACCAGGAGAAGCUGGAAGGGGAUUUCAGGUUUAAGCAUAUGCAGUUACGGGUGAAUGCUGAAUCUGCUGCUUUCUACAGAGCUGGUGAGGUUGAACACAUGCGCACCAAUCGCAGGCUGCAAACUCUCCUGCAGACACAAAGGGAGUUGAUGGGCAAGGAGCUGUGGUUAUACAUUGGGAUCAACACUUUUGACUAUCUGGGCAGCAUCCUGAGUUACGUGGUGAUUGCCAUCCCCAUAUUUGGUGGGGUCUACGGUGAUCUGGAUCCAGCAGAACUGAGCUCCUUAAUUAGCAAGAAUGCCUUUGUUUCUAUUUACCUGAUUAGCUGCUUUAGCCGUCUCAUUGAUCUCUCCACUACUGUGUCUGAUGUAGCUGGCUAUACGCACAGAAUCGGGGAAUUGCAAGAGAUACUGUUGAAACUUUCCAAGAAACAAAAAGAUAGUGAAUCACAAGCCAAAUGGGACUUCAACAGUGCUUCCAAAGAGAAGAUGGUCUCCAACGACACAGCUUUCCUCCUGGAGGAAGUCUCUCUCUGUGCUCCUUCUGAGAAGCUGCUCAUCAAGGACCUAAACCUGAGAAUCACACAAGGGAACAAUCUCCUGAUUACCGGGAACACAGGCACGGGGAAGACGUCUUUGCUGCGUGUCCUGGGUGGUCUCUGGGAGAGCAAAACGGGGCAUGUCCACAUGCUGACUUGCUUUGGACCCCAUGGGGUGGUGAUUUUGCCACAGCGGCCUUUCUUCACAGAUGGGACCCUGCGGGAACAGGUAAUAUACCCUCUGAAGGAAAUCUAUCCAGUUUCCGGGUCUGCGGAUGAUGAAAGGAUACUGAAAUUCCUGGAGCUGUCUGGGCUGUCUGACUUGUUAGUGAGGACAGGAGGUUUGGACCAGCCAGUGGAAUGGAACUGGUAUGAUAUUCUGUCUCCAGGGGAGAUGCAGAGGCUGUCCUUUGCUCGACUCUUUUAUCUCCAGCCUCAAUAUGCAGUGCUUGAUGAAGCUACCAGUGCUUUGACAGAGGAUGUGGAGAAUGAGCUGUACCGGAUCUGCGCACAGCUUGGGAUGUCACUGGUCAGUGUGGGACAUCGCACCAGCCUGGAAAAGUUUCACAGUUGGACUUUGAAACUGUGUGGAAGAGGAAAAUGGGAGCUAACAAGAAUCAAGAAAGACUGAGCCACUCUGCAGCCUAUCUUGGACAAUAGCAACAAAAUGCAGCUUAAAGCCUCAGACGGGUCAAAGUGCCUUGAAAUCAACUUGCCUUAAGAGGAACAUCUGGUUGAAAGAUUUGGAACUUCAAAACCAGAAGGCGCCAACAAGGUUUCUAUGACCAAAAGGCCCCUAGCGUAAAGAGCAGCAGGAGGAGGGAGUUUUAAACUUCUUCUUGCCUUUCAUGGAAAUGACCUCCAAAUUGUUUUGACUACUGUAUCUCAUAUUCAAGAUUUCACCCAGAGGGAGGGAAGGGAGGAGCACCUUUCUGCUCCCAUCUGGCAUCAUGUAUUAAGUGAGAACCACUUUAGUGUUGAAGCUCUGCAACAGGGAAUUGGAUGGACAGGUGCUGACCUAUUACCACAAGGUCGAGGCACAGCCUCUUCUCAUCAGGGCCUGUGUUUUGUUUCAGGCUUGAGCUUCAGCCUCUUUGCCUGAGCAGGAGCCUCCAUAAGGAGAUGCCCAUCCAUGGCUCUGCUGUGAUCAGGAUCUGUCUGUUACUACUGAGUAAAUUACUGAAGGUGUCAGGUUGUUUCAGAUAUUCAACAGAAGGGAAACAAGGAUGUUGCAAACCUAGCUUUCACAAAGACCCACGGCCAAAGGAAUCUGUUGUAGAUUAAGUAUAUGAUUAAGAAAGCACUUAUUAACAUUCCUGAAAGUGCUGGACAUCUAUCACCUCUACAUACCUUGACAGUGUUUUCCUUUUCAUGUUUAUCUCACAGCAGGAAUGGGCAACUUUGUGUGUGUAGCGAGGUCUGCAUUCUCUCAUGGGUGAUCUAUUCGGUUGCUGUUGAGUAGGGCUGAAGUCCGUGCUGUGCAGGGCCAGAGCCCAAAAGUGGGCGGCUCGCUUUUUGCCACUUUCUCUUCUUCCUCCCCCCCCCAUGCACUGGUCUAUUGGGAAAGGAAUAAAUCCGUCUUGCCAGGGGUCUGAGCUGAUUGCAAGCAGAGUGAUUCUGAAAUUAGGCCAAGGAUGGCAUGAAGCCCUAGGGCUCCAAGUUGCUCACCCCUGAUUUACAGAAUUGCAAGUAACAGGGUGACUAGAAGAUGAGGACUCCACACAUAUUAUGUGCGGAAGCAGGCUACAGACCAACAGCUGAUGCAGAUGCUCAGCCAGGCCUCAUUGAAGUGGCUGAGUACACCUCUUUCAGUACAGAUGUCGGAAGCUAUUAAUUGCACAUGGCCAGAGCUGAUAUGGGAUAUUGCUGCCUAGCAAAGAAUUAAUGGGAAUAUGCAAACUGUUAAAAUAAAAUUCUGGAGCUUUGGAGUUAA